AUGAAUAAUGUUCAAAACGAAUUCGAAGAAACUUUGAAACGCAUCCAAUCUCAAAACGGUGUUAAUGGUGUUAUUGUGGUAAACAAUAAUGGUGAUCACAUUACAUCAACAUUUGACAACAGAUCAUCUGUUAGACAUUCUGAAAUGAUGAUGAAGUUGGCUGACAACGCGAAGCGUUUUGUUAGAAAUUUAGAUCCGUCAAACGAGUUGACUGUUUUACAAAUGGGUUCUAAAAGACGAGAGGUAGUGCUCUCACCUGGUAAAGAUUUCAUAAUGAUGGUUCUUCGGGAACAAAAUCAUAAAUCUAUUAUGGGAAUUAUAGGUGCAAAGUCUUUAUAA